AGCAUCUCUCUCUCGGUCUCGCUCUCUAUCCUCUCAUCCACGCUCCCUGUCCACCGCCAUUUCGCUUGGUUCUGGCUACCCCGAGCGUUGCCCUCUGUAUCGCCCAGCCCGUGCCGCCCUUUGCGAGCUGAAAUCAUCCUUUAGAUUGAUUCUCAUCCCUAGUGUGGGCUGUUCCUGCAAGACGACCUGAUCGCAUCCCAUCAUCGCUCCCCGUUGGGCUCCCGAGCCAUGUCUGAAUCAACUAGCACAAAUACCCCAAAGCCGAGUAGCAGCGUCAAGCUGGUACUUUUGGGAGAAGCGGCUGUGGGAAAGUCAUCGCUGGUACUGCGAUUUGUCAACAACGAUUUCCAAGAGAACAAAGAGCCGACCAUUGGAGCUGCCUUCCUUACCCAAAAAUGUUCCCUGCCUACGCGGACCAUCAAGUUCGAAAUCUGGGAUACCGCCGGUCAGGAGCGUUUCGCCUCGCUCGCUCCCAUGUACUACCGUAACGCCCAGGCGGCGCUGGUGGUCUACGAUGUCACCAAACCGUCCUCCCUCACCAAGGCGAAGCACUGGGUUGCGGAACUUCAACGACAAGCUAGUCCCGGUAUUGUGAUCGCUCUUGUCGGCAAUAAGCUGGACCUGACAAAUGACGGAAACGACGCGGCCGGGGAGACUCCCGCUGAGGCCGAGGGCGAGCCAUCUGCAGCGGAUGGAGAUGAAACUGCCGGGGAACCUCAGGAAGGGCAAGACGUCACUUCCGGAGAUGCUCGAAAGGUGCCUACACGGGAAGCUACCGCCUACGCGGAGGAAGAAGGCCUCCUGUUCUUUGAAACUAGCGCCAAGACGGGCACGAAUGUCGUGGAGGUGUUUACAGCGAUUGCUAACGCGAUCCCGGAGAGCAGCCUGAAGAGCGGACGAGCAGGUGGCGCUGGCACGGGCCAGACUAGUCUGGGCAGCGGUCGUCCGGCCGAAGACUCGCGGGUCAACCUGGGGGAGCGCGGGCCUGCCACGGCAAAGGAAGGGUGUGCCUGCUGAUUUCGGAUUGUUUUGCAGCGUGUCAUGAGCUUUGGUCGUGCUUUUUGAAUCUCUUUUUUACUGUUCCGAUACAAUAUCAGGUUGAUUACACGGUAAUAUCCUGCGGCGAAUGGAGCCCGACCGCCCAGGUCAGACUGUCAUGCGGCUUGAGCCAUGUCAUUUCCGGCGUCUCGAGUGUUUUUGUUCUGCUGUUUCACCCUUUUGUGUUGUUCCGAUGACUAUGCAGAGUUAAUACGGCGAUGGAUGAAUGGGGAGGAUGUACAGAAGUCCCGCAGGAGCUGUGCCGGCCAUAGUCAUAGAUUCUCGAUGAAUUCGGA